AUGGACUUUGACUGCAACUUACUUGUACUUGAUUAUCUUGUACAUCAUUGUUAUGGAAAGACAGCAAAGGCAUUUAUAGAGAAUAUAAAAACAUUGGAUCAAUUUGCCUAUCUUCCUUCACAGACAAAGCAUUCGGAAAUACUAGAAAGAGCAAUAAAAGACUCCAUUGAACAAGGUGAAAUACAUCGUGCACUCAAAACCAUUGAAGAUCAUUUUCCCGCUCUAUUAGAGCACGAUGAACUGCAACACAUUUCAUUUAGACUUAGAUGCCAGCAUUUUAUCGAAAUCAUUCGCUCUGGUUCAGAAAUGGAAGCCAUUCUAUAUGCUCAAAAGUAUCUCAAACCGGUCAAACAUGAGUUUAAAGAACAAGUUAGAGAAGUAACCUCCUUGAUCGCCUAUUCAGAUCCAUUCCAGUCUCAAUCCAAACAUUUGAUGUCACAGCAACGAAGAGAUAAACUAGCUCACGAAGUCAAUUGUGCCAUCUUGGAUUUGCAUUGCCUUUCUGAUGAGUCUACAAUUGAAAAAGUACAACGACAAUAUGCAGUCGUGACAGAUGAACUGGAAAGAAUAGAUAUAAAAGAAAAAAAGAGUGCAUAA